UCCAGGCCCCACCGCAUUUCCUGCGGCCGGGGGCGGGGUGUGGGAUUCGCUAGGUAUGGGCGYCGGUGCACGAGUGAGGGGCACUUACAGGCAGCAGGCGGUGACCUCGUAUUACAACGACCCGCUGGAGCACGCAUGGCACCUGCAGAUCAUGCGAUUCAUUGUCGAGAGCGGCAUGUCGUUCAACUGUGUGAAGCUUGAGAGUUUCAAACGCAUGUUGACGUUGAUCAUCCCGCUUGGGGUUCCAGGAGUCCCCACCCCAAAACCCCCAACGUAUCACAUGAUCCGUACCACACUUUUGGAUGAGCUUGAUGUGGAAGUCCAAAAGUGUGUGAAACCUGUCCUCGCUACUGCAGCUACCUACGGUUGCACGAUAAUGACAGGCGGUUGGACCAACAUUCGGGGCCAAACGUUGUGCAACUAUCUCGUCGGCACUACACGGGGCGCCACAUACAUCGCGACAGAUGUUAUGCGAGGAAAGACGGAUGUCACUGCUCUGGCGCAGGCUUGGCUGCGAAGGUUGAAGUCCCUUGACAUCAAGCUCGUCGACAUCACCGCUUUCAUCACAGACUCUGCCAGUUCGAACGUGGUCGUUGAUGAUCGAUGGAAGGACACUGUUUGGUCAACGAAGAAGAUUCGAGACGCCGCCGCGGAGGUCACAGCAUGUGUCGGUUGUCCUCAAUGGUGGGAGGAUAUGAGAACGCUGUGCAAGUUGUUGGAUCCCAUCAUGGACAUACUGCAGAUGGUGGACAGCGACACGAGGCAGAUUGACAAAAUUCUGCGUCGGUACGACGAGAUGAUCGCGCGUUGUUUAUCUGCAUGUGCCGCUUUGGAGAAGGACGAGCAGGACGCGCUGCUUGAAGUGUUUGACAGACGCCGCACCAUGUUCAAGUCGCCUGCUCAUAUUGCUGCCAUGAUGUUGGACCCCGAGUUUCGAGACCGMACGAUGCCAGAUGACGAGGAGAUGCAGCACGGUUUGAAACUCGCUCUGAUUCAGUUUGGGUACCCGGAACAUGCGGAUCAGCACAACGAGGUCCUCAUUGCCAUUGACAAGUUCCAUUCCAGGGAGUCGCCGUUCGAUGACGUGGCCAUGGACCGGGCGGCGAGGAGCUAUACCCAUGCAGCCUGUUUCUGGGAGUCGAAGGAGAAGAGGUUCCCGCACACGGCCUUCUUCGCUGGCAGGAUACUGCGUGUGUGGGCGACUGCGUCGCCUUGCGAGAGAGCUUGGUCCCGUUGGAGUUUCAUCCACUCCAAAUCUCGUAACAGAUUGGAGGUGGCGCGGGCCGAGAAGCUCGUGCGAUGCCAUUGGAACCUUCGGCUCCUCGACAGGCAGGCUAUGUCGGACGAUGCUCCCAGUGACAGGCCACAUCUGUAUGGGAGCUGGGUGCACUACUGGCAGCAGGUGGAGGAGGAGGUGCCCACCGACCAGCAGCUUGUGGCAGACCGAGGAGCCCGUGUGACGGUCACGAAGGAGGAGUUGACGCAGGCGAGAGAGAGGAUGCGCGUCCUGUCCCGCAUGGGAGCCACUCGUCGCUUGCGGGAGUCUGACAGGAGGAGGUGUCGUGGCGGCGGUCGCGGAGGUGGUCGUCGGGGCGGUCGCGAGCGAGGCGGGCGUGGAGGUCCUGGCGGGAGGCGUAGUGUCGUGAGUCGUGGAAGGGCAGUGGACGAGCUAGUACGCAAGCCUCGACAGCGAUGGGAUGAGGGAGACUUUUUGUACGAGAGCUCGUCCAGCAAUGACGAGGAUUUCUUCGGGACAGGCAUGCCUGCACAGGAUGGCGACAGCGAUUUCGACGACCGUCACCCGAACGUGGGCGACGACGAUGGCGCCAGUGGCGAUGAUCACGGUGACGGAGGAGAUAGGCCACGACCUGCACAUGGUGACACGAUGCGCGCCGACGGGGCAGGGGGCGAGCACCGCAYAACAGUAGAUGACGCUCGAGAUGGAGUGCAUGAUGAUGGUUCACGACCUGUCUCGGGCGGUGAUCUGAGGCGCUUGAAACGCGGACCAAGGGAAAAAGACACUAUCGCUUCACGUGUGCGCAAACGUCAUGGUGGGGUUGCUAGCAUUCCACUAUCACGAGUCCCCGCAACUGGGCAAAUUCCAGUUUCUGAGGACUCUUUCAGCGAUCACGGCGGCGAGGAGCRGAUCGAGCUGCAUGGCGGGAGCGGUCAUCCACGAGGGGACAYUUCGAGUAUGCACGCGACAGCUCCGAUGGGGCCUUCCGCAGCAGUCCCAGAAUCGCAACAGGGUCCAGCACCGUUGAUGCGUCAUCCCGAGGUUCARRGARAGAUCAGUCCUCUCCCGGCAGUGCGGGACGAGGGUUCUGUCCGUGCACUGCAUCCACUCACGUCUGCCGGAGCGGCAGUCUCAGUUGCAGCGACCUCGGAUGUGGGACAACCACUGGCAGCGGCGGAGCAAGAAAGUAUGCUCCCACCUCGCAGUGUUCAACCGCGGCCACCGCCUGCAUUGAUGGAGGGGAGUCAGGGGACCGUURUUGUGUGUCAAGGCGACGAUCUCCCGGAACGUGAUAUCUCAUACACUCCCGCAGCCGAGCAGAGCCGCAGACCAUGUCGGCCUCGCAUGCCCCACCGGCAGUCUUCAGGGUACCGGCGAGUUACUGACCAUGGACUCUGCGCUCGUUUCUCUACCGGACUUGUCGACGUUGAUAUCCCCAGGAGGCGAUAUCGCCGAUUUGAUUACGAGCCCAAUGGUGUCUGCCACGCCCACAAUUUUUCGUGUUGGCAAACUACGCGAGGUGGCCCUUGGUUUGGCGGAGACGGCGACGCGACACCGCCGCGACGGUCAGCGCAGCAUCGCACAACGCUUCAUUCGUUUGACGACGCAGAGGAAGGGUCUCCUGGUGGGCCAGUUGACACACUCGAAAGAGAAGCAAGACCCCCAAGUCCGCCGUCAAACUUAGAGCAUCAUCCGAUUGCCGCGGCUGUCGGCGCAGAUGCGGGCGUCCCCGUCACAAACAGUGGCGCGGACGCGACAGAACAGCUUGUGGUUGGGUCAUCGGCGACAGCACGGCGCGACAGAGCCACUGUUUUGCCGACAGUGACAUUCUAUGCCAGCGGGAAGAAUACUGGGGGGAUGGAUGAGCAGGGAGUCCGGAAUGUUGGCAGGCCAUCUGCACCGUCUAUGGGGAAACGAUCCAUUGGGAGUGUGGAUGGUAUUUGGCACACCGCCAUGGCCGAGUUUGAGGACCGACACGGGAGUGCUUUGCCGACGAAGACGUCUGAUGUCCAUGCUACGAGAGCCGCAAAGGCGAGUCUUUCUCGGGCAAGGAAGAAGGCCUCGACAAGGAAGGCGUCACGUUCAUCCUCACAUAUGCGUUCCCGAGAGAGAGGAUCGGGCGUUGUGCAUCUCGAGGACGGAGAGAUUGCACCUGACAGCGACGCAUUGGAUGUUGGAGGGAGGGAUGCAACGACGACGGAUAUCAUCGGCAGGGAGGGCACAGGGAAAGCAGUGGCAGGUCAGAAGAGACGCGGCAGUGUACUUAUCGUCCACCACGACAGCAUAGAUGUCGCCCCGGGAGAGACCACAGACACUGAUGAUGCAGGGGACUCCGAUUACGUACCCAAACCACGGGCGGCAGAUGGAGAUGAUGGAGGAGGGCGACGAGUGAGACCGAGGACACGACUCGGGCCGCAAGGGCAGCGAGCACAGAGCACACUAUCGGCGAUGAUUCCUGCCCCCAUAGAUCGGCGAGCUCAGGCGCAGCGUUUGCUGCGCAAAAUGGAGAGUGAGCCACUUCUGCUCACCACAAAAUGUGCAGGGCCUGGGGCCUCAACGACAACUUUGGAGGACGAAGCGAGGGGCGGCGCCGAAGCGCUCAAGCCUCGUGACGCGUCGCGCUAAUUUCGUUAGGGUUUCCUCAGCAGACGCAGAGCUUGGACGCCAUAGCCCUUAUUC